AUUUUUAGCCAACCAUUAAGCUUCAUCAUGAUUUUGAUGCAGAACGAGAUGCAAAGAAAAUAUAUAAGGCAUGCAAAGGUCUAGGAACAGAUGAAAAAGCAAUCAUAGAGAUUCUGGCCAACAGGACUUCAGACCAAAGGCAAGAAUUGAAACAGAAAUACAAGACGUUAUAUGGCAAGGAUUUGGAGAGUGUUCUAAAGAGUGAGCUGAGCGGGAACUUUGAGAAGACAGCAUUAGCGCUGUUGGACCGCCCAUGUGAAUUCGAUGCCCGCGAGCUCAGGAGCGCCAUGAAGGGAGCUGGAACCAACGAGUCCUUGUUGAUACAGAUUUUAUGUACUAGGUCCAACCAGCAAAUAAAAGCCACAAAAGAAGCCUAUAAGAGAUUGUUUGACAGGGAUUUGGAGUCAGACAUUAAGAGUGAGACAAGUGGAUACUUUCGAAAAAUUCUCAUCUCAUUGCUCCAGGCCAAUCGGGAUGAGGGUCUGUCUAUUAAUGAAGAUCUUGCCGGUCAGGAUGCCAAAAGGCUCUACGAGGCUGGAGAGGCUCGGUGGGGCACAGAAGAAUCAGAGUUCAAUAUUAUCCUGGCAACAAGGAACUACAUGCAGCUGAGGGCCACAUUUAAAGCCUAUGAGAUUCUGCAUGGAAAAGACAUUUUGGACGUGAUUAAAAGUGAAACCUCCGGGGAUCUGAAGAAAGCUUAUUCCACCAUAGUGCAAGUGACAAGGGAUUGCCAAGGCUACUUUGCUAAGAAGUUGUACAAAGCAAUGAAAGGAGCAGGUACAAAUGAGGCAAUGCUGAUCCGCAUCCUGGUAACCAGAGCAGAGAUUGAUCUCCAGACGAUCAAGGAGAGAUACCAGCAGCUUUACAAGAAGAGCUUAGGCGAAGCCAUUAAGUCAGAUACAUCUGGAGAUUUCUGCAGGCUGCUGCUGGCUCUUUUACAUUGAAUUGAAAAAAAAAAUUAAAUAUAUAUGUAUAUUCUGCAUUUAUUAGCAAAAUAUCUCCUUCUGUUAAACUUACCAUUGUGCACGGGAGGGGGGGUUAGGAUAUGGUAACACCAGCUUGGCUUUAAAAUGCCAACUAUCAAACUCGGCUUGAUGCCCAUAGGUAGGGCCGCUUUAAGGUAUCAGCAAAGUUUCAUUGGUCGGCCCCCACUGCCCCAAGAAAUUUGUUAUAGAAUAAGCCUCAAGCAGGUGAAGUUCAAUAUAAUAAGGCAGGCAGUGAGGAAAUGGUCUGUGCUCACUAAAGUAAACAUGUUCCCCAUGUGUGUUUCCCCGAAAAUACAACCCUGGGAGCAGAAUAAAAUAAUAACAAAAAUGGUGUACUAUUGAGUUGAUUCAAAUGAGGGGUGUUCCAUCUCUGCAGGGUGCUACUGCCAAAAGUUAUCGGGAUAAAAGUUGUGCUAAUGGGCUGCCUAUCCUGGGGGGGCCCUGGGCAAUUGCCUCUUUUGCCUAUUUAUUAAAAUGGCCCUGAGGUGCCUAUACAAGGGUCCAGCAAGUAUGGGCAGAGCAGAGAUUUGAGAUAAUUCUUCAGCCUUAAGAUCACUGAUUUUGAUUGUGACGGGCACCUUGCUGGCUUUGGGUAUUUGUGUGAUGUUUCAUUUCACGAUAUGUUAUUUCCAUAUUGACUGAAAUAAUAAAUGCACUGACCAGUGUAAAAAAAAAA